UUCUGCCCGGCCAUUUCGUCCAGCCUGCGGAUCCCAGAAGCCUCCUGAGGCUGGACGGACUGAGCUCAGAAAGAUAUGGGCUAGCUUCUCUAAGGGGUUAGCAAGCAGAGCGGGUCUAGUAGUUGAUCAUGAACCUCUGAAAACUUCAGCUUCCUGGAAUUUCCACAUUUGCUUUUAAUUUUGCUCCUUCUAUACCACUGGCUCCGGAUUACGUGUCUGGUUUUUGUGCAGAAAAAGCUGCCUAGUGGAUCUGCACAGCUAAGAACAAGUGGGUCUUCUUCCAAAUCAGCCAGAGGGAGAUUCUAGGGUGAAGCAACACCUCCUUCCAGCUGGACACAGACUGGUGAGCUGAAGGGGAAACUCUGAGAUCCCACUGCUGACACCAUGACCUCAGAAGCUGACAGGAUCUGCCCAGAGGGCAAAGACUUUGUUCAUGUUGUUGAGUAUUUAAAUGACCCAAGGAACAAAGAGAAACUGCAGCGCCUGCUGAGUGAUGAAUCCUGGGAGAGAUUUGUGGCUGCGGCCAAGCUGUCCAGGGAUGAGGCAGAUGCACUCUAUGCAGACUUGCGCCGGCUGGAGACACUCAUGGCCUUGGAGGACGAAGACAUGCCCUCAGCAGAGCAGGAGUAUAGGGAGAGGUUUAUGAAGGAGUUUCCUCAGGUGAAACAGGACCUUGAGGAACGCAUAGGAAAGCUCUACGCACUUGCGGAUGAGGUGGACAAGGUGCACAGGGACGGCACCAUCACCCAAGUGGCAGCCUCUUCCACUGGCAUUGUGUCUGGCAUUCUGACCAUCAUUGGCCUGUCUCUGGCACCUGUGACAGCAGGGGUUAGUCUAGUGCUUUUUGCAACUGGGGUGGGACUGGGGGCAGCAGCUUCUGUGACCAGUGUGACCACUGGCAUCGUGGAGUACUCAAAGAACAAGUCAGCAAAAGCCAAAGCCAGCCGCCUAGUGUCAACUGGCAGCGACACAGAGAAGGUGGUCCAGGAGGUUCUAAGUCACAUGACACCCAAAAUUGCUUCCUUAGGUAGUAAGUGCAUCCAAUCCCUAGAAAAUAUUGUGAAGAAUGCCGGUGCCUUCAAUCUGGUCAAAUCCAAUCCUCUCUUAGCAGCUGAGGCCACAAGCGUCAUGCGCACGGGGGCAGUGUCAGCCCAAGGUGGCAAUCAGCUGCAGAAAGCUUUUGGAGGCACUGCUCUGGCCAUAAGCAAAGGAGCCAGGAUCGCUGGUAUCGCCGCUGCAGGUGUUUUCCUUCUCAUGGAUGUAGUGAACAUAGUGAGAGAGUCAGUGCACUUACAUGAGGGUGCAAAGGCUCGGUCAGCUAGAGAGUUGAGGCAACAGGCCCAGGAGCUAGAGAGGAGAUUGGAAGAACUCACCCGCAUUCACGAAAGACUACAGGAUCCCUGACUUCAUGAUCCCCAGACAGAGCAGGGAGCAGCGGUCAGGGGUGUGUGGGAGACAAAGGCGUGGACUUACCUUGUUAGAGGGGAAAAGCCAGUGAGAUAAAAUGGAUGGAAUUGUGUGUUAAGGAAUUUGGUAUUUCUAAGAUGAGCACAGCGAAGAAAGGGUUCAUGCAGGUGACAAGUGGGUCAAAGAGAAGGAAGGAACCUAGAGCCUGGAAUCGGGGAAGAGAGGGGGAAGGAGAGUGAGGGGUGGGGAUGGGGGGGACUUUAUUUUGACUAAAAAAGACAUUGGGGUCAUGAAUAAAGAAAGAGAAGUGAAGGAAUAAGCACCGAGAAGGCUCUGACUACUAAAAAGUUGACAAUGGAAGAAGGAGAAAGAGUUUGAGUUGUUGGGAUAUGGGAGUUACAGUGGCUCCUGGACUGGCCCUCCCCAGGGUUCACCGUCCCAGCAGGAACCCCGUCUCUCCCUGGUCCUGGUCUCUAGCCCUGCUUUCCAGUUCCAGCUCUCCUUUGUCUUCCAGCGGUACAUCUUAGGUAGGCA